AUGGAUGGAUUGCAUGGAAAGGUGCCAAUCUGGUUAAUUAAUGACAACGUCACAGCAGACGCGGUGAUCCUCAGUAGCCUGAAUGACAAAAUAUCGUCACUCUCUCCACCAGGGCUACGGAAGGUAGAUAGAAAGAUGUCUCAGGGAGAAGCGUGGGAAAGAUCAAAAAGAGGGUCCCCAGGAACGGAGAGAGGAGGGGCUCAGCAAGAAAAGCUCCAGUCGAACUCCAGGAAUGUCAAUGAUAUCGAAUUGGUCAUAACUAGAGGAAAGAUAUGGGGUGGGAAGGGGCCUUCAAUGGAGAUAGAGGAAGAGGAAGAGAGAUAG